GCUCUGGUCUUUGUGGGGGAAAAAAGAUCUUUUAGUAAUGGUUUAGGGUAUAUGGAAUCAUGAAAGUACUGGAUUUGUAUAUUAAUAUCCUUUUCAUUCUCCAGAUCAGUGAUUUAUUACAUAGAGAAUUAAAAGUGGACCAGAGGAGGUUUCCCUUGAUAAGUCAUUAUUUGGUGUAAUUAGUCAUUCCCCUGCCCCACACCUCAGUUUCCUUAAGUGAGCCUUAUUUUUGAUGACCUUCAUUUUAGGUCUGUCAAGAUUCAAGUCAUGUGGCUGACUCAGUGGAAACAGGAGUAUGAGUUAGGUCUUUUAGAUAACCCUGAGCUUCGUGUGGUCCUGGUAUUUGGCUAUAAUUGCUGUAAGGUGGGAGCCAGUAAUUACCUGCAGCGAGUCGUCAGCACUUUUAGUGAUAUGAACGUCAUCUUGGCUGGGGGCCAGGUAGACAACCUGGCAUCGCUGACCUCUGACAGACACCCUCUGGAUAUUGAUGCCACUGGUGUGGUUGGACUAUCAUUUAGUGGACACCGAAUCCAGAGUGCCACUGUGCUACUCAACGAGGAUGUCAACGAUGAGAAGACCGUUGAGGCUGCAGUGCAGCGCCUUAAAGCUGCCAACAUUCCAGAACGGAAUACCAUUGGCUUUAUGUUUGCAUGUGUUGGCAGGGGCUUUCAGUAUUAUAGAGCCAAGGGCAAUGUUGAGGCUGAUGCAUUUAGGAAGUUUUUUCCUAGUGUUCCUUUAUUUGGCUUCUUUGGAAAUGGAGAAAUUGGAUGUGAUCGCAUAGUCACUGGGAACUUUAUAUUGAAGAAGUGUAAUGAGGUGAAGGAUGAUGACUUGUUUCACAGCUAUACAACAAUAAUGGCACUGAUUCAUCUUGGGUCAUCUAAAUAAAGUCUCCUGUAAAGUGGCUUUCACAAUAUAUAAUUUUCAGGCUCCGCCUUUCCUAGAAAAUGGAAACUGGGAUAUGUGUAUUUCAAAAAAAAAAAAAUAAGAGUAAUAACUUUA